AAAAAACAAAAAAGAUUAAGAAACCUCGCCCCGAUUUCUCUGCCCUGGAAUCGGCGAUACUUUUAUACCAUCUCUUUUCUUCUCCAAUUCCUCGGUUCCCCUUCCUCUCUCCCAACUCUAUUCUCUCUAUCCUUCGUCAGCUCGCCCUCGAAAUCCUCCGCCCAAACCCGCCGCCGCCAGCCGCCCGAUCUCCUUCGCCUUCCCACCCGCUGGAUCCGUAACGCCGUGCCGAUCCUUUCGAGCUUCUUUCCAGGGGAUUCUGAUUUUGUUGCUCUCGGGCAUCGGAGUUUGCUGACUCCUUUCGUGGUCGGAUCGCACGUUGGAUAUGUCGGGGCCGCUCGAUCGGUUCGCCAGGCCCUGUUUUGAGGGUUUUUCUAGUCAUGAUGAACGAAAAGAACGGAAGUCAGAUUUUGAGAAUUCAGAAGAUGAAAGGAGGACAAGAAUAGGAUCAUUGAAGAAAAAGGCUUUAAAUGCAUCAACUAAAUUUAGACGUUCUUUAAAGAAAAAGAACAGGAGAAAAAGUGACAGUCGAGUUAUUUCUGUUUCAAUCGAGGAUAUACGGGAUAUCGAGGAGUUACAAGCUGUUGAUGCAUUUCGCCAAUCACUAAUUUUGGAUGAGUUGCUACCUGCAAAGCAUGAUGAUUAUCAUAUGAUGCUGAGGUUUUUGAAAGCAAGGAAGUUUGAUAUUGAAAAAGCGAAGCACAUGUGGGCUGAAAUGCUUCAGUGGAGGAAGGAAUAUGGUGUUGAUACUAUUGUAGAGGAUUUUGAGUACACCGAGUUAAAUGAAGUUCUACAGUAUUAUCCUCAUGGUUAUCAUGGUGUGGACAAGGAAGGGAGACCUCUUUACAUCGAAAGGCUGGGAAAAGUCGAUCCCAACAAACUCAUGCAGGUGACGUCUAUGGAUCGGUAUUUAAGAUACCAUGUGAGGGAGUUUGAGAGGAGCUUUUUGAUCAAGUUCCCAGCUUGCUCACUUGCCGCAAAGAAGCACAUUGAUUCAAGUACAACCAUUCUGGAUGUUCAGGGUGUGAGUUUGAAAAACUUCAGCAAGACUGCCCGAGAACUGAUUGUACGAUUGCAGAAAAUUGACAAUGACAACUACCCAGAGACGCUGCACCGAAUGUUCAUCAUCAAUGCUGGUCCAGGCUUUAGGCUGCUGUGGAACACUGUGAAAUCUUUUCUUGAUCCAAAAACUACUUCAAAGAUUCAUGUUCUUGGAACCAAGUACCAAACUAAGUUGUUAGACAUAAUUGAUGCCAGCGAGUUGCCAGAAUUUUUUGGUGGUACUUGUACCUGUGCAGAAUAUGGAGGAUGCCUUAGAUCUGAAAAAGGCCCAUGGAAGGACCCAAAUAUAUUGAAGAUGGUCCUCAGUGGUGAAGCACAAUGUGCAAGGCAAAUUGUCACAGUUUCCAAUGGCGAGGGGAAGAUCAUUGCUUAUGCUAAGCCACGAUACCCAGUGAUAAAGGGUAGUGAUACAUCUACUGCUGAGUCUGGCUCAGAAGCUGAAGACAUUACUUCCCCCAAAGCAUCAAGGAGCUAUAUUUCACAUCCUCUGUUAACUCCUGUUCGUGAAGAGGGAAAAAUGGUCAAGGCAGCUAGCUUUUCUGGCUUUCCAGAGCAUGAUGAGCAUGUCCCAAUGGUCGAUAAGGCUGUAGAUGCAGGAUGGAAGAAAGAAGUUUCUAAUCAAAAGCUCUCUUCAUCUAAAGGGUCUUUUUCUUUGUCGGAUAUGCAUAAGCCUCCUGAAGGACUUCAAGCUCGGAUAAUUGCACUGUUUGUGGCCUUCUUCAUGACUCUUUUUACACUGAUUUGUUCAUUCACCAGCUGUGUGACCAAGAGGCUUCCAGACAAAACUUCUGAGCCAGAUCACCUUGAUUCUGCAUAUUGUCUAGACCCUGUUCCCAAGGAGGAAUUUCGCCCCCCCUCACCUGCUCCUGGGUUCACUGAGGCAGACCUCCUUUCAUCGGUCUUGAAAAGGUUGUGUGAGCUGGAAGAGAAGGUUGAUAUUCUUCAAGCAAAGCCAUCUGAAAUGCCUUCAGAGAAAGAAGAGUUGCUUAAUGCUGCUGUCCGGCGUGUAGAUGCAUUAGAAGCUGAGCUUAUAGUUACCAAAAAGGCUUUACAUGAAGCUCUUAUGAGGCAAGAAGAACUGCUUGCAUACAUGGACCGUCAAGAAGAGGCUAAGUUUCGGAAGAAGAAAUUUUGCUUUUGAAGAAAGAGAGUGCACAGAUCCAUUUUGCCGUGACCAUCCUGCUAUUGAUACUUUAUGAUGAGUGAUGAUUUUGAUGUGUAUUUGUCCAGAGAAACCCUUUCCUGAUAACAAUAGUUGACUCUAGGGAGAUGAAUGAUCAGAUAAAAAUAAAUCAUAUUGUCUAACAAUGGUUGAUGGCCAGUUUGAGCAUUGUUGUUGGAACACAUCCUGAGUACUUUUACAACAUAUAACCUGUUCUGGAUCCCAUCCA